GAUGAUGCUGAAUUAUACACAUCCUCAUCCUUCAAUCUUGUUAUUAAGUUGCAUAAAUAACCCUCCAGUCUCCACUUCUCAACCAUCAACAAACAACUUCAACAACCUACCAUCCAUUCACACCCCCAAUGGCCACCUCCGCAAUCCAACAGUCAGCAUUCGCCGGCCAGGCCGCGUUGAAGCCACAAAACGAGCUCCUUAGGAAGACCGGCAGCUUCAAUGGCGGCCGCUUCACCAUGCGUCGAACCGUCAAAAGCGCACCACAAAGCAUUUGGUACGGACCUGACCGUCCCAAAUACUUGGGCCCAUUCUCUGAGCAAACCCCAUCAUAUCUCACUGGUGAAUUCCCCGGUGACUACGGGUGGGACACCGCCGGAUUAUCCGCUGACCCCGAGACAUUCGCCAAGAACCGUGAGCUCGAGGUGAUCCACUCUAGGUGGGCCAUGCUCGGUGCACUCGGGUGUGUGUUCCCCGAGAUUCUUUCAAAGAACGGUGUCAAAUUCGGUGAAGCGGUCUGGUUCAAGGCCGGUUCCCAGAUUUUCUCCGAAGGUGGGCUCGACUACCUCGGGAACCCGAACUUGAUCCAUGCACAGAGCAUCUUAGCCAUCUGGGCUUCUCAGGUUGUUCUCAUGGGCCUCAUUGAAGGAUACCGUGUUGGUGGCGGCCCACUCGGGGAAGGGCUGGACAAGAUUUACCCAGGAGGGUCUUUUGACCCACUUGGGUUGGCUGAUGACCCAGAUGCAUUUGCUGAGUUGAAGGUUAAGGAGCUUAAGAAUGGUCGAUUGGCUAUGUUUUCCAUGUUUGGGUUCUUUGUUCAGGCCAUUGUGACAGGAAAGGGCCCAAUUGAGAACUUGUUUGACCAUCUUAGUGACCCAGUAGCUAACAACGCUUGGGCUUAUGCUACCAACUUUGUGCCCGGAAAAUAAGUUGAAUGAUUGUAAAUUUGAUCAUGGUUAUGGGACAAUGUUGCAAGUUUUUGGCUAUUUUAGUUUUUUUUUUAACGGCAAAGGUUACAUGCUCUCUAUUUUUAAAUUAUACCAAAUUUAUCCUUUGUCAAGAAUUGAACCCUGUUAUUUCCCUUCAAUGACAUAAAGCAUAUACCACCCACCAAAGUGGUGAUGGCUUUUGGCUA